AUGGCUGCAACCCAUCAGAAUACAUGGAAGAGGAAGAAGGAGAAGAAGAAGAAGGCGCUGAGGAACGAAUCCAUCAUCCAAACCAGCUGCUGUCAGACUUCAUUGUGGAAUAAAAUGAAGAGGAAACGUCGAGGCUCAAGGCCAUGUGAAGCUGAGAAGAGGGCACGUGGAAACCGAAGAGCUCAGAAGAACGUCCAUGCAGCAACACCUGCUCUACAACGUGUUACUACAGAUGCUAACUACACUUCAACCAACCAGCACAAGCAGACAGAAAUCAAGUCCAACACCUCCAGUCGACUGUCCGCUGCCGUCUGUAGGCUUUGCCACGGAAAGUUUUCUGCACGGAGUUUGCGACAUGCUUUCAGCAAAUGGCCUCAGGAUUCUCUGGAUGUCGUUAAGGACAAAGAGUAUGCUGCAGCCCAGUCGCCCGCUUUGUUCCACACUGACUUCCAACGACUGGUUGGCGUGCAGUUGGACCCUGAUCCCCGAUUAUCUGCAUUUGUUUGUAAGAAAUGUCACAGCAAGUUCUACAAAUGCAACAGCAUCCUGCUGCACUUUCUACAGAUGGUUAAUGUGCUGCCUGUUGGCAAAGACAACCCUAAAAGCAGGCAUCAUCCGAUGUUUUCAAAACUUUCAGUGAGCCAUGAGUCGACAUCAGCAUUACCAUCCUUUUCUUCAGACCCCAAGUGCCUGCACAAGCUGGUGUCGUGGGCUCACCACCACGCAGAGGCAUGCAGGUCCUGCCCUGACCUGAAGGAGGUGCUGGAAGGCAGGUGCUGGGGCUUUGUCAAGGCCGUGUGGCGUUGUGUUGACGGGCACAGCUACACUCUGGACACACACAGCACCUCUUCUGUCAAGUCUGGCCACAUGCUCCAGCGCGGAAGCAUUGAUGAGCGGCAAGAAAGGAGCUCGGUGGGGAUCGCGGUCGACAGCAUGGUUGGACAGAGUCUACUCUCCGUCACGCAGCAGACUUGUGGCUCGGCAUUAGCAGACUGGAGCAGCAACACUGAAGACUCCACAGACCCAAAAGAGACGAUCUGUGCCGCUCUGAAACAGCAUGAAGACAGGAUGGUUGAAAGUGAUCUUUCUGACAGAGUGUUGUCAGAAGAGGAGUUUGAGGAUAAAGGAAAGAGCUUGUCAGAAGAUGAGUCUUUUGAGCCAUAUUCAGACAAAAGCCCUUGCAGGGCAACCGUUCCCACCGAGCAACGACAAAUGUCAAAUAUCUCAGGAGAGCCUAAAGUCAAAAAGAAACCUGGACCCAAACCUGGCUGGAAGAACCAAUUCAAACCUAAAGGGGAGGAGCUACCUAACAUCUACAAGUGUCCGUGCCAGGGCUGCACCGCGGUCUACAGAGCUCCUGAUGGUCUGAAGAAACAUAUCAAGGAGCAUCAUGACGAGGUGAGAGAGCGACCCUGUCCUCACCCAGGAUGCAACAAGGUGUUCACCAUCGACCGUUACCUGCAGCGCCAUGUCAAGUUGAUCCACACAGAGGAGAGAAACUACAUCUGUGACCAGUGUGGACAAACUUUUAAACAAAGAAAACAUCUUUCAGUUCACCAAAUGAGACAUUCUGGAGCCAAACCACUGCAGUGCGAAGUCUGCGGCUUCCAAUGUCGGCAGCGAGCGUCGCUGAAGUAUCACAUGACCAAACACAAGGCGGAGGCCGACCUGGAGUUCGCCUGCUUGAUGUGCAGCAAACGCUUCGAGAAGGCCCACAAUCUCAACGUGCACAUGUCCAUGGUCCACCCGCUCACUCAGAGCAAAGCACAUCAAGAAGGAGGUCCACCGCAGCAGCACCCGUUCUCCAACCUGCACGCCGUCACAUGCCCCGAGGAGGCGGGGCCACAGGAGCAGGACAGAUGACAGCAGCGAGAACGUCUCCUGAGCUUCAACACUCUUAAGUGUGUCCAUUGGUGCACUUAAGUACUUGCCGUUACUCUUUUCAGCGCACAAGUACAGAAAAACACUGUUAGUACUCCAUCCAUCCAUCCAUUUUCUACCGCUUAUUCCCUUUGGGGUCGCGGGGGGCGCUGGAGCCUAUCUCAGCUACAAUCGGGCGGAAGGCGGGGUACACCCUGGACAAGUCGCCACCUCAUCAGGGUCAACACAGAUAGACAGACAACAUUCACACUCACAUUCACACACUAGGGCCAAUUUAGUGUUGCCAAUCAACUUAUCCCCAGGUGCAUGUCUUUGGAGGUGGGAGGAAGCCGGAGUACCCGGAGGGAACCCACGCAGUCACGGGGAGAACAUGCAAACUCCACACAGAAAGAUCCCGAGCCCGGGAUUGAACCCAAGACUACUCAGGACCUUCGUAUUGUGAGGCAGAUGCACUAACCCCUCUGCCACCGUGAAGCCGUUGUUAGUUAAACUGUUAGUACUCAAUAUGCUAAAUGUGCAGUAAUGGACACUUCAUCAACACCUGCCAUCUUGGCUCUGUGGCUGGACUGGAGUGGUUCCAAAUCACAUUAAAAAGGAGAGAAGAAGAAAAUGUGUCAUGGGAUUGGAAGUACGCUGUUACAUUUCUCACACUCAGGAACUGAGUACACUUAUUGAAGUGUACUGUCUUGAGGGGAGAUGGCUUGCAUUCUGAAACAAUUUCAUGUUGCAAACACUUUUCCUACAUUACCUAUGUGCUGUAAAACAGCCAGAAUGUUCACAGAUAUGAAAUUGUUCAUACAUUCCUUAAAAUGCGAAUACUUGUAAUUGUUCAGGAGUGUUCUGUUUGUGAUUUCAGGUGUUCUGUUUGUGAUUACAUUUUCAAAUAUCAGUUAUAUAAUAUUCAAAUAUCUUUGUCUGAGUGCCGAGGUUACCAAGUGAAUACGACAACUGGAAAGAAUACUUUUAAAAUUAAUGUCACAGUUUUACUUUAAUACAUAAAUGUAUUACUUGUCUCAUAUUGUCUUCUGUUGCCUGAACUACAUGAACAUGUUUGUACAAAUAUACAUUUAAAAAAACUGCGCUUCAAAUGUGUGGUCCUAGUAUAACAAUAAGAAGCUAAGAAAUAUAUACAGUAUGUGUGUGUACUAUCCAUCCAUCCAUUUUCUACUGCUUGUCCCGUUCGGGGUUGCGGGGGGUGCUGGAGCCUAUCUCAGCUGCACUCGGGCGGAAGGCAGGGUACACCCUGGACAAGUCGCCACCUCAUCACAGGACCAACACAGAUAGACAGACAACAUUCACACUCACAUUCACAUUCACACACUAGGUCCAAUAUAGUGUUGCCAAUCAACCUAUCCCCAGGUGCAUGUUUUUGGCGGUGGGAGGGAACCCACGCAGUCACGGGGAGAACAUGCAAACUCCACACAGAAAGAUCCCGAGCCCGGGAUUGAACUCAGGACCUUCGUAUUGUGAGGCACACGCACUAACCCCUGUACCACCGUGCUGCCCUGCGUGUGUG